CGAAAAUAAAAAGGAACUAUGGAACCGACUGCCCAACAACCGAGGCAUAUUGUCUUUGAGCGCGAUAACCGUAAUAUUCCCGAUCCGAUGGAGCAACUUUAUUACUUGGCCAUGGAAUAUUGGAAUUGGAUUCUCCGAAAGGUGGAACAACUUAAGAAUCUCUGCCUUCGUCCACUUUGCAACCUAAAGUUGACCCUAACCGCGGAUCCUGAGAUCCUAGAAAGGAUAAGCCAAACGCGAGGUUGGAAAACGGCGGCCAUCCGAUGCAUUGAGUUCCAUCCGAAGAGCGCUUUGAUGGCCCUGGUGAAUAACCAGGAUGUAGUCCUCAUAUACGAUGGAAGGAGCACAUCGCCCACCAGUUUGCAGCUCUUCCAGCAGAAGGACAUCACCUGUACCGCCUUUCGUCCUUGGUCACCGGGCUGCGAAUUGGCCGUGGGAUGUGCGGUGGGAAUUUGUUUGUGGCGGGAAAGUGGUCGCUCCAACUCCAAUGUGAACCUCAAUAUUCGUCACAUGUUGGGCAGCCAUCGCAUGAGGAUUCUGAAGGACGAGGGUCACAACUAUGUAACUUCACUGCAGUGGAACGAAGACGGCACCAUCUUGAUUAGUGCCGCUCUGGGCUCAUCGCACAUAAUCCUUUGGGAACCGGACUGUCAGCAGAAGAUUCGUUUGAUCCCGGCUCCCGAUAGCCUGAGCUCCUUCUCCCUCCUCCGCUACAGUCCCGAUUUCCAGGUGCUCUUCUGCGCCUCCUGCGAUGCUGGCGGGAGUCUGUGCCAACUGAACAGGUCGAAGUGGAAGUCGGAACAGGUCCUCAUGCAGAAUCGCAUUCAAACGGCUGUCUGGACCACUUGCAGUUCAUAUCUGCUGUUUGUGCGCGAGGGCAGCACUCGUGUUUACUCGUGUACUAAUGAUGGAGAGGCCUCCGUUUUCCUUCGCCCCAAACCCCUUUGGAAUGUCGAGUUGCUGGUGGACCUGCAGGAGGUCACCUCCUGUUCGGGGGAGCUGAGGUGCGGCGGUCAGCCGCAGACCUUCGCCAUGGACCCGCUGGGCCUCUAUAUGGCCAUCAUCUUCAAGGAGUCGCGCUUCGUCCUGCUCUGUCUUUUAAUCAACUCGCGACUGGGUCCACUGCGUCUCCUGCCCGUCGAGUUCAUCGAUUGCGAUGCCGAUGGUGAACUGUACCCUACUUGUAUUGGCUUUGGGAUUUCCCAGCCGCAAACUCGGUGUCUGGUGAUUUGCUGGAAUAGGGGGCAUAUUCAGCGGUAUCUAAUCACUGCCAAAUGCUUAAAAGAAGCCCAGAUGAUUCAUGUCAUUCAUGUCAAGGGGAACUAA